AUGGCUCCGAAGAAGAAGGGAAACAAGAGACAGGAGGAUGACUGGGAAGCUGAGCUGGGUGAGGCCGCUCCCGGCGCAGAGGCACCGGCCGAGGAUCAGCCCCAGGAGGAAGGCGAAGACGAUGCCGGAAUGGGCGGUGGUCUCAUGGCCGCGCUGAAGAAGAACAAGGCCAAGAAGGCCAAGAAGGGGAAGCCCACCAACGACUUCGUCGAGGGUGAGGAUGCCGGCGCCGAGGCCGAUCUGGCUAGCAAGCAGCCUGAGGAAGGGACUUUCGAUGAGGAUGAUGUCUUCGCCGGGAAGAAGCAGAAGCCGAUCAAGGCCGUGGCCCCGCCUCAGCCGGCAGAGCCUGAGGAAGGGGAGUUCCGGGUGAAGACCAAGAAGGAGAAGGAGAAGGAGAAGAAGGAGCGCGAGAAGCAACGGAAGAAGGAACAGGCUUCCUCGAAGAAGAAGGCUGCACCCCCUCCCAAGGCCGAAUCGGCCAAGCCAACCGCCGAAACGAAAGCAGAGGCCGCCCCGGCCCCAGCUGCCGAGCCCGCUGGAAAGUCCAAAAAGAAGCUCCCUCCCCAUCUGCUGGCUCUCCAGAAGCAGCAGGAGCAGCUCCGACAGCAGCGUGAAGAAGAAGAGCGGUUGCUGGCUGAAGAGAAGGCUGCGACAGAAGAACAGAAACGUUUAGAUGCCGAGGAAGAAAAGAAGCGGGAAGAAGCCCGCCAAAAGAAGAAGGAGAAGGAGAGGGAAAAGAAAGAACAGCUGCGCAAAGAGGGCAAACUAUUGACCAAGGCUCAAAAGGAGGCCAAGGAGCGCAAUGAAAUGCGCAUGAAGCAGAUGCUUGCGGCCGGCGCGGGCAAGGUUGCGGGUCUCGAACAGGGUGGCGCGGAAAAGAAGCGCCCUACCUACGAUAACAAGAAGAAGAAGGGCGGCAAGAAGCAGGAAGAUGAUCUAGAGGCUGCAGCUGCUCGGGCUCAAGCUCAGCGUGAGGCCGAAGAUGAGCGCCGCAGAAAGGAGGCGGAAGAGAAAGCCAAGGCCGAAGCCGAAGCCGCUGCCGCUGCUGCAGCUCCUGAGGACGAUGAUGCCCUUGAUGACUGGGAGCAGGCCGCUGAGAUGGACGAUGUGAAGGACAGCUGGGAUGCUCCUUCGGACGAGGAAGAGGAGAAGAAGCCCGCCGCCAAUGGGGCAGCCAAGCCUGCAGAGAAACCCGCAGCAGAUGAAGAGGAAGAGGAGGAAUCGGAGGAAGAUUCGUCGUCCGAGGAAGACUCCGAAGACGAAGAGCAGUCUGCCAACCAAAGAGCCAUUGCCCAGCGCAAGGCCGAGGCCGCCGAGCGAAGAAAGAAGCAGCACGAGGAAGCCUUGGCAGCUCGUUCGAAAGACAACUUGCGUUCUCCUAUCUGCUGUAUUCUGGGUCACGUCGAUACUGGAAAGACCAAGCUGCUGGACAAGGUCCGACAGACUAACGUGCAGGAGGGUGAAGCCGGUGGUAUUACGCAGCAGAUCGGUGCCACAUACUUCCCUGUCGAUGCCCUGCGCCAGAAGACCGCUGUGGUGAACAAGGACGGCAAGUUCGAGUUCAAGGUGCCCGGUUUGUUGAUCAUCGAUACCCCUGGUCACGAGUCCUUCUCCAACCUGCGAUCAAGAGGAUCUUCGCUAUGCAACAUUGCGAUCUUGGUUGUGGAUAUCAUGCACGGUCUUGAGCCCCAAACUUUGGAGUCGAUGCGCCUGCUGCGUGACCGCAAGACUCCAUUCAUCGUCGCGUUGAACAAGAUCGAUCGUCUGUACGGCUGGAAGAAGAUCGACAACAACGGUUUCCAGGACAGUCUGGCAAUGCAGAACAAGGGUGUCCAGAAUGAAUUCCGCACCCGUCUGGAGCAGACCAAGCUUGCUUUUGCCGAGCAGGGUUUCAACUCAGAGCUCUUCUACGAGAACAAGUCCAUGGCUCGUUACGUGUCCCUGGUACCCACUUCGGCCACCACCGGUGAGGGUGUUCCUGACAUGCUGAAGCUCCUGACCACCUUGACCCAAGAGCGUAUGACCAACGCGCUGAUGUACCUGUCCGAGGUGGAGUGUACAGUCUUGGAGGUGAAGGUCAUUGAGGGUCUCGGUACCACCAUUGAUGUCGUUCUGUCCAACGGUAUUCUUCGCGAGGGUGAUCGGGUUGUGAUGUGUGGUCUCAAUGGACCUAUCUCAACCAAUAUUCGAGCACUGUUGACACCGGCACCACUGAAGGAACUGCGUCUCAAGUCGCAGUACGUCCACAACAAGGAGGUCAAGGCCUCCCUUGGUGUCAAGAUCGCUGCCAAUGACCUGGAGCACGCCAUCGCCGGUUCUCGUCUGCUCGUUGUCGGCAAGGAUGACGACGAGGAGGACCUGGAGGAAGAGGUGAUGUCCGAUCUGGAGAACCUGCUCAGCCGUGUUUCCACGGAUCAGCGCGGUGUCACUGUCCAGGCAUCCACCCUUGGCUCGCUCGAGGCUCUUCUGGAGUUCCUCCGGGUGUCCAAGAUUCCCGUCGCCAACAUUUCCAUCGGCCCUGUCUACAAGCGUGAUGUCCUGAUGGCCGGAACGAUGCUGGAGAAAGCUAAGGAGUUUGCCGUCAUGCUUUGCUUCGAUGUCAAGGUCGACAAGGACGCAUAUGCCUACGCCUCCGAAAUCGGCGUCAAGAUCUUCACUGCGGACAUUAUCUAUCACCUGUUCGACGACUUCACCAAGCACAUGGCGGAACUGACUGAGCAGAGGAAGGAGGAGAGCAAGCUCCUUGCUAUCUUCCCUUGUGUUAUUAAGCCCGUGGCUGUCUUCAACAAGACCGAUCCGAUUGUUAUCGGUAUCGAUGUCCUGGAGGGAAGCUUGCGGCUCCAUACCCCGUUGGCUGCGAUCCGGACCAACGCUGCCGGUGCCAGAGAGAUUAUCGACAUUGGUCGAGUAACGGGUAUCGAGCGAGACCACAAACCUGUCCAAGUCUGCAAGCGAGGUCAGCCCUCAGUCGCUGUCAAGGUCGAGGGCUCCAACCAGCCCAUGUACGGCCGCCACCUCGAAGAGAAGGACCAGCUGUACUCGCACAUCUCGCGCGCCAGUAUCGACACUCUCAAGGAGUUUUACCGGACCGAAGUAUCGAUGGAGGAGUGGGCCCUGGUCAAAAAGCUCAAGCCCGUGUUCGACAUUCCCUGA